AUGUACGAGACGGUGACGCAGGGGAGAGCAAAACGCAGCACUGCGGGAAACCGCAUGCGCGAGCUGCUCGAGAAGGCGCACCAGGAAGACCAGAAAGAUGCUCUGUUCGAGGAAGACCCGGAGGACGCCGAGUUCGAGGCGCCCGCGGACGUGCGCGACGUGUAUCUGGAGGACUUCGCAGACACAGAUGAGGAACUUGAUGACGAGGAGGCCGAGGAGCGGCAGCUGCGGCGUGAGGAGCGCAAGAAGGCCAAGGCGAAAGCUGGCUUCAACCCCCUGCAGCCGAAAACGGUGCGCAUGGGCCAGCCGACCGUACAGAUGCCCUCCGCUGAGGAGCUCGCCAUUCUGGGACCCAACAUCGACGUGUCCAAGAUGGCUCCUUCGACACUGAUCCUCGAGAUCAGACGGCGGAAACGAGAAGCCAAGCGCGAGCAGCGUUCCGAACAGCGGCGAUCCAACCUCCGUGCAUCGACUCUCAAGACGGAGGCGGAUGUCAUCGAGCGUGAGCGCCAGGAGAAGAUCGAGAAGCAGAACUCGCGCAAGGGCCGCAAGGCGCAGCACGUCACCGGCGAGAUCCGCGGCGCGCGUCCCAUGACGCAGGCGGAGCUCAUCGCCGCUGCGCUCGAGGAAGAGGAGCGUAACAAGGAGGCGCUCACGGACUGGCUCAAGAAAGAGGAGGAGCGGCGAGAACUGCGCCGCGUGGGAAGGAAACGUGUUCGCGGACCGCGAUGGACAUGGGUCAGCCGAACUGUCGGCCGGCUCGUAGAAGUCGUUGAGGACGAGACAACAGCAGCUCCGACACCUGCGCCUCGUGAGUCUACGGCUCCUGUUACUGAAGACCGGCCAAGCGCGACUCCUGCUACGGAACGAAACGCGGACGAAAAGGGGCCAUCAGUUGAAGCUUCUGCAUCUGCGAAGGAUGUGAACGAUGCCCAGCCGUCAUCUGCAACCGAGCAGCAUGAGCCGUCCACAGCGUUCACCGACGCCGCAUCGAGGCCCGCCGAGGAAGCGGCUCCCGCUGCCCAAUCUGCCAAUUCAGAAGAGGCUACGAAAGAUGAGACGGCCAAGACGGAUGAAGCGCCCUCUCCAGCAAUGGCGCCGGCGAGCAAGGAUGUCGAUCAAUCAUCACCCGCCAAGGAAGCCGCUUCCAAGGCAUCCGGGCCUGCUGCUCCCGAGGGCACGAGUGAUGGCGAGCCCAAGGCUGAUGCGGUGGCUAGUGCGGACGUGACUAUAUCUGAGGGUACGGUGGCCCAGGAAGUGCCGGACACUGCCAGCGCAUCCGAGCCGCCUGACCCCGACGCCUCCAAAGACGCAACCUCAGCCCAAGCGUCCACUGAUCAGUCGGCCAAGGCGGACGAGCCGAAGGCUGCUGAGCCCUCUGGGAAGAAUGAGUCUGAGACGUCGAAGGAUGGACUACCUAAGGCUGAAGAGUCGGUGAAGCCGAACGCUUCAAAGGAUGGAGAGCCGUCCCCCCAACUAGCCGAAGCAAAGACCGAUGCUCCCGCCAAAACCGAUGAGCCCUCCAAGGCCGACCCCAUUACCGACGCCGCCAAAAAGGACGAGGCGAAGGAAGACGAGAAGAAAGACGAAGCCCCGACCGGCCCGUACACACGUAACUACCUGAUUCUGUCCCAGGUGCCCGGAGGCCUGCCGGCGGAACUGAAGCUGAUUCUCGGCGACCACGUCGACUGGUCCGACGUCAAGGUCGUUCCCGCCCGAAACCGACCCAUCACAGACCGCAAGCGUCCCCGCGACCCAUUGACGGGCACGCCAGCGCCGUACCGCCACCCCGGGUCCAUGGUGCCCUACUCCUCCACCGAGAGCUAUGCCACGCUGCAGGCUAUCCUUGCAAACCGUUACGUCUUCACGCCCGAGGGCAUUUGGGCCGGCGGCGAGGCGGAUAUGGCUGCCGAGGGCGCCGAGGAGAUUCCUGGGUGGAAGGAGGCAUGCGCUCGUGGUUGGCUCGACGGCAAGCGGAUCCCCGAGGAUGAACCGGAACCAGAGCCCGUUGAGGAGCCUGAGGAGGAGGCAGAGGAGGAGGAAGAAGUGGAGGAGGAAGAGGAGGAACCGCAGGAGACAAAACGCGGUGCGAAGCGACGCAAGACUGAGCCUGCUAAGAGCAAGGCCAAAGGCAAGGGCAAGGCCAAGGCGACAGCUAAGAGCAAGGCGAAGGCUAAGCCGAAACCGAAGGCAAAGGCCAAGUCCACCCCCAAGGCGGCACCCAAGAAGGCCGCGCCGAAGCGCAAGCGUUGA